GGGAGAACCCGGUUGGGUUGUUUUAGAAGACACGCGCGAUGGAAACCAGAAAGGAGAUGGUGCUGUUUCUGGACGGAUGUCAGCUUGGCCCUCUGGCUGGCAAGAGGGCGCCCAAUAUGGCAGGGGCCGUGGGAGUCCCGGAGCCACAGGACAAGAUGAUGCCUAGGACUUGCUUGACUCCUAGAGCUGCCUCCUUGUCCUCCCGGAAGAAUGGAAUAGCGGGAAGAGGUGCAGAAGGAGAACAGGAAGAAGAGGAGGAGGAGGAGGAGGAGGAAGAAGAAGAGGAGGUAGAAGUCCUACCAGCGCCAGGGACGGUCCCAGAGAACCGCUCCGCAGCAGCGGCGCUUCUUUCUGCUAGUCAGCAGACCUCCCUCCACCGCCUUCCCCCCACCAAAAGCCCCCAAAGCAGUUCCGGCACCGAAUCGGAUUUCUAUGAGGAAAUCGAGGUGAGCUGCACCCCGGAUUGCGUCCCUGACAAGGCGGAAUACCACCUCCAGCACGGCAAAGGUCAGUGCUCAGAUACUUCAGCCGAGAGCCCUAGCAGCGGAGGCGACCACUCCAAGGGCAGCGGUGGCGGAGGUUCUCAGGGGUCGCUGGCCUGCAGCGCCAGCGAUCAAAUGCGCCGUUAUCGCACCGCCUUCACCCGGGAGCAGAUAGCGAGGCUGGAGAAAGAGUUUUACCGGGAAAAUUACGUGUCCAGACCCAGAAGAUGCGAGCUGGCCGCCGCCUUAAACUUGCCCGAAACCACCAUCAAGGUGUGGUUCCAGAACCGGCGGAUGAAAGACAAGAGGCAGCGCCUGGCCAUGACUUGGCCCCACCCGGCGGAUCCAGCUUUCUAUACCUACAUGAUGAGCCACGCGGCGGCCACCGGCAACUUGCCCUACCCCUUCCCCUCCCACCUGCCCCUACCUUAUUAUUCCCACAUGGGUCUUGGAGCCGCUUCGGCUUCGGCCGCAGCUGCCCCCUUCAAUUCCCCGUUGAGGCCGCUGGACACCUUUCGCGUCCUGUCCCACCCUUACCCGCGACCAGAACUGCUGUGCGCUUUCCGACACCCCUCUCUUUAUGCCGGUCCGACCCACGGGCUGAGCGGUGCCGGAGGGAGCCCCUGCUCCUGUUUGGCUUGUCACGGGAGCCAGGCAACCGGGCUAGUCCAGCGGCCUUCGGGAUCGGACUUUAAUUGUUCGGCCACCACCCGGACGGACUCCUUUCUCACGUUUACACCUUCGGUGUUGAGCAAGGCUUCCCCGGUCCCCUUGGAUCAGCGCGAAGAAGUCCCUUUGACCAGAUAAAGGACCUAUCUCAGGUUGCUCUCUUUUCCUCCCGCCCUCCCCGCCCCGGCCGCGCUCCUUUCCAGAGUCUCCUAAUAUUUAAUCCCAUCAGUCAGUGGACACCAAGGAAUGGAAGCAAAAACGAAAGUAAGCCUGGAAAAUGGGGAGGAUUUCUAAUGCGCACAAAUCCGCGGAAGAACCUUGGCCAAAGCGAGGUGCGGAACUUGGCGGAUUAUUUCCCCAAGGACGGGAAAAGGGGGGCGGGGGGCGGGGAGGAGAAGAAUGAUUUCUGCCACAGCAAAGCCAAGAGCUCCUACUUAGACUUCUUUAGGAGGUUUGUCUCCAGUCUAUCAGGGCAGAUGCUCACCAAACCACGGCGCCAAUAGCUUAUGCAUAACCUUGUAUGUGACUAAAAGGAAAAUACUUGAAAGAAGAAAUUGUCGAUCAUUUAAAAAAAAAAAGUGUAUGCCUGAUGAAAGUGAAGAUUUAUUCUUUGCCAGAUUAAAACAAAGAAAGUAAAAGAAGGGCCUUUGUGGA